AUGGCUCCCAAGAACAACCGUGGAAAGACAAAAGGCGAGAAGAAGAAGAAAGAAGAGAAAGUUCUUCCGGUUAUCGUGGAUGUCAUUGUAAACCUUCCUGACGAAACUGAGGCUAUUUUGAAGGGAAUAUCAACGGACAGGAUCAUAGAUGUUCGACGGCUUUUAUCCGUUAACUUCGAUACUUGUCACAUCACCAAUUACUCUCUAUCCCAUGAGGUAAGAGGAUCGCGGUUAAAAGACACAGUGGAUGUUUCGGCGCUUAAACCAUGUGUUCUGACGUUAACGGAAGGUAAAAAUUCUCCACUGCAUCAAUACGCCGUUAACGCGCCGUUAAAUCUAAACUGUCAAUAG